CCGAGGGAAGCCCGGACUCCGUAGUUGCUGCUCGCAGUCAGCCUUUCAGCGGUCCCCCGGCCCCGCCGCCCCGAAUUCUCUGUAGCCCGCGGUUCGCCGCCCCGCUAGCCGCCGCGAUGCCGGUGUUUCAUACGCGCACGAUCGAGAGCAUCUUGGAGCCGGUGGCGCAGCAGAUCUCGCACCUGGUGAUCAUGCACGAGGAAGGCGAGGUGGACGGCAAAGCCAUCCCUGACCUCACCGCGCCCGUGGCCGCCGUGCAGGCGGCCGUCAGCAACCUUGUCCGGGUUGGAAAAGAGACUGUUCAAACCACUGAGGAUCAGAUUUUGAAGAGAGAUAUGCCACCAGCAUUUAUUAAGGUUGAGAAUGCUUGCACCAAGCUUGUCCAGGCAGCCCAGAUGCUUCAGUCGGAUCCUUACUCAGUGCCUGCUCGAGAUUAUCUAAUCGAUGGGUCAAGGGGCAUCCUCUCCGGCACAUCAGACCUGCUCCUCACCUUCGAUGAGGCUGAGGUUCGUAAAAUUAUUAGAGUUUGCAAAGGAAUUUUAGAAUAUCUUACAGUGGCAGAGGUGGUGGAAACUAUGGAAGAUUUGGUCACCUACACAAAGAAUCUUGGACCAGGAAUGACAAAGAUGGCCAAGAUGAUUGAUGAGAGGCAGCAGGAACUGACUCACCAGGAGCACCGAGUGAUGUUGGUGAACUCCAUGAACACCGUGAAAGAGUUGCUGCCAGUUCUCAUUUCAGCUAUGAAGAUUUUUGUAACAACUAAAAAUUCAAAAAACCAAGGCAUAGAAGAAGCUUUGAAAAACCGCAACUUUACUGUAGAGAAGAUGAGUGCUGAAAUUAAUGAGAUCAUUCGUGUAUUACAACUCACUUCUUGGGAUGAAGAUGCCUGGGCCAGCAAGGACACUGAAGCCAUGAAGAGAGCAUUGGCCUCCAUAGACUCCAAACUGAACCAGGCCAAAGGUUGGCUUCGUGAUCCCAGUGCCUCCCCAGGGGAUGCUGGUGAGCAGGCCAUCAGACAGAUCUUAGAUGAAGCUGGAAAAGUUGGUGAACUCUGUGCAGGCAAAGAACGCAGGGAGAUCCUGGGAACCUGUAAAAUGCUGGGGCAGAUGACUGAUCAGGUGGCUGAACUCCGAGCCAGAGGACAAGGGGCCUCACCGGUGGCCAUGCAGAAAGCCCAGCAGGUGUCACAGGGUCUGGAUGUACUCACAGCAAAAGUGGAAAAUGCAGCCCGCAAGCUGGAAGCUAUGACCAACUCCAAGCAGAGCAUUGCCAAGAAGAUUGAUGCUGCUCAGAAUUGGCUUGCAGAUCCAAAUGGUGGACCAGAAGGAGAAGAACAGAUUCGAGGGGCUUUGGCUGAAGCUCGGAAAAUAGCAGAAUUAUGUGAUGAUCCUAAAGAGAGAGAUGACAUUCUACGCUCUCUUGGGGAAAUAUCUGCUCUGACUUCUAAAUUAGCAGAUCUACGGAGACAGGGCAAAGGAGAUUCCCCAGAGGCCCGAGCAUUGGCCAAACAGGUGGCCACAGCCCUGCAGAACUUGCAGACCAAAACGAAUAGAGCUGUGGCCAACAGCAGGCCCGCCAAGGCAGCUGUCCACCUGGAGGGCAAGAUUGAGCAGGCACAGCGGUGGAUUGAUAAUCCCACAGUGGAUGACCGGGGUGUUGGUCAGGCUGCCAUCCGGGGGCUUGUGGCCGAAGGGCAUCGUCUGGCCAAUGUCAUGAUGGGGCCGUAUCGCCAAGAUCUUCUUGCAAAGUGUGACCGCGUGGACCAGCUGACGGCGCAGCUGGCUGACCUUGCUGCCAGAGGGGAAGGCGAGAGUCCUCAGGCGAGAGCGCUUGCCUCUCAGCUCCAAGACUCCUUAAAGGAUCUGAAAGCCCGGAUGCAGGAGGCGAUGACUCAGGAGGUGUCAGAUGUUUUCAGCGAUACCACAACUCCCAUCAAGCUGUUGGCAGUGGCGGCCACUGCACCUCCUGAUGCUCCCGGUAGGGAGGAAGUAUUUGACGAGAGGGCAGCUAACUUUGAGCACCAUUCGGGAAGGCUUGGUGCCACGGCGGAGAAGGCAGCUGCUGUUGGAACUGCUAAUAAAUCCACGGUGGAAGGCAUUCAGGCCUCAGUGAAGACGGCCCGAGAACUCACACCCCAGGUCGUUUCAGCUGCUCGCAUCUUACUUAGGAAUCCUGGAAAUCAAGCUGCUUAUGAACAUUUUGAGACCAUGAAGAACCAGUGGAUCGAUAAUGUCGAAAAAAUGACAGGGCUGGUGGACGAAGCUAUUGAUACCAAAUCUCUGUUGGAUGCUUCUGAGGAAGCAAUUAAAAAAGACCUGGACAAGUGUAAAGUAGCCAUGGCCAACAUCCAGCCGCAGAUGUUGGUCGCCGGGGCAACCAGCAUCGCCCGUCGGGCCAACCGUAUCCUGCUGGUGGCCAAGAGGGAGGUGGAGAACUCGGAGGAUCCCAAGUUCCGUGAGGCUGUGAAAGCCGCCUCUGACGAGUUGAGCAAAACCAUCUCCCCAAUGGUGAUGGAUGCAAAGGCUGUGGCUGGAAACAUUUCUGACCCUGGCCUGCAAAAGAGCUUCCUGGACUCAGGAUAUCGGAUCUUGGGAGCUGUGGCCAAGGUCAGAGAAGCCUUCCAACCUCAGGAGCCUGACUUCCCGCCUCCUCCUCCGGAUCUUGAACAGCUCCGUCUGGCAGAUGAGCUUGCUCCUCCCAAACCACCUCUGCCCGAGGGUGAGGUCCCUCCGCCCAGGCCCCCACCGCCAGAGGAGAAGGAUGAAGAGUUCCCCGAGCAGAAAGCCGGGGAGGUGAUUAACCAGCCGAUGAUGAUGGCUGCCAGGCAGCUCCAUGAUGAAGCUCGCAAAUGGUCCAGCAAGCCGGGUAACCGAGCCGCUGAGGUGGGUAUAGGUGUUGUAGCUGAGGCAGAUGCGGCCGAUGCUGUUGGGUUCCCUGUCCCCCCUGACAUGGAAGACGAUUUCGAACCUGAGCUGCUGUUAAUGCCAUCCAAUCAGCCGGUCAACCAGCCCAUUCUGGCCGCGGCUCAGUCCUUGCAUCGGGAAGCUACCAAGUGGUCUAGUAAGGGCAAUGACAUCAUUGCAGCAGCCAAGCGCAUGGCUCUGCUGAUGGCUGAGAUGUCUCGGCUGGUAAGAGGGGGCAGUGGUACCAAGCGGGCACUGAUUCAGUGUGCCAAGGACAUUGCCAAGGCCUCAGACGAGGUGACGCGGUUGGCCAAGGAGGUUGCCAAGCAGUGCACAGAUAAGCGGAUUAGAACCAACCUCUUACAGGUAUGUGAGCGAAUCCCGACCAUAAGCACCCAGCUCAAGAUCCUGUCCACGGUGAAGGCCACCAUGCUGGGCCGGACCAACAUCAGUGACGAGGAGUCUGAGCAGGCCACAGAGAUGCUGGUUCACAAUGCGCAGAACCUCAUGCAGUCUGUGAAGGAGACUGUCCGAGAAGCAGAAGCUGCUUCAAUCAAAAUUCGAACAGAUGCUGGAUUUACACUGCGCUGGGUUAGAAAGACUCCCUGGUACCAGUAGGCACCUGGUCCAACCUGGCUGGCACAGAAACCCCUACUAAACAGAAUGAAAUGAUCUGAGUCCCAGAAGAUGCUGAGAAUUGCUAGGGGGUUAUAAGCCACAUCCCGGCCUGACAUAACAGAAGGAAUGGGGCCUUUUCACUUUAGAAACCAUUUAUACUCGUCAUGGACACUUUGAAAUGUUUUUUCGUAUAAAGCCUGUAUUCUCAAACACAGUUAUACUCAUGCACACUCUUUCCCAAUAGGAAGACUGGGUUUCUAGCCCAUGGACUUCACGUAAGCUCAGAAUCCAAGACUGAACACUAGCCAGACACCCAGCUCUGCCCUUGUUCCCUAGGGGACAGUUCCUCUUCUGCUUCCUUUUCACUGCUCCCCCCCCCCCCCCUUCNCCCCCCCCCCCCCCAUUCUCCCCACCAGGCUCCCAAGACCCAGGGUCCAGGCAAGUUAGUUAAGAAGGAAAUCACUGUGCCUCCAAAAUUUGUUUUGGGCUUUCCAUGUUGUUCCUAACCCUGACUGUGCUAUCUGGGUCCUUUUCAGGAGUGAGCUUUGCUGCUACAAGGGAAGGUGGCCUCUGGGGAGCCCCAGCAUGUGGGGCCUGGAUUCACCUCUUGCCCUUCCCCCAGUUUAAUCCCUUCUCAUUUCCCACAGUGCAAAACCAAAUUUCACUCUCAGGAGGAAAUCACAGAAUCACGCGAUUCUGUCUUUACCUAGCCCCUGAGCAACGUCUGUGCUAGGGAAACUUCCCGUCCUAUAGCCCGCCUCGGCCUGUCAAGGUAGCCAUCCCACACACUGUGUGUCCUGGUGCUCUCUGCCACGGGAGGGGCAGAGUAGCUGGGCGCGGCCCUGCCCGUCUUCACUGCCUGCAGAGGUCUGUGCUGAGGCCUUACCAUUCAUUCUUAGCCCUUACUGUUCUUUCUGAGCUGAAAUGCUGCAUUUAGUUUUUAACCAAAUCAUGUCUCCAAUCCUGGCUUUUGUAUUCUUCCCUCAUACCCUUCCUCAACAAGAUUUUAAAGAUAUGUGUUUGUUCAUUGUAAUUUUGAAAGACCCUUUUUAUCCUUUUGAAAUUCAGUCCUAAGAACUGGUGCUUGCCCCCAGGAAUGUUUAAUAGAAAGGCAAUCCUGUCUGAAGGGCACUUCCUACCUAAGGGAGAUUGGUACUUGCAGACUGGAAUUCUGGCGCUGUUGGGGAUGAAUCAAUGGGAAAUAGUCCUCGGUAUAUUCCUACCUCCCUUAACCAAGCCCCUGUAUCCUCUCCUCCCUCCCAAGUACGAAUGCUCGUGAGUAAUGGGUAUAAUAUUUAAUUAUCACCGUAAGUUUCCUAUUAGCAAAGUGAGAAGAAUUUCUCCUUUUUUGCACUUAUCACUGCUGUCUAAGCAUUGGCCAGCACACGAAAUCCUACUUCUUCCCAAAGCCAGAACUGGAUGAGUAAAGGAGUAAGAACCGUUGCCUGAAUGUCCUUUCUUCUCACCUCCAGUGUGUAUCAAAUCCCAACAUCAAAUGUGUGAAACUUGUCUUCAGUUGGUACUGUACACUCAGGCUUCCUCUGUUUUAACCGAUGAAUAUUAUUUUCAAGGCCCUCAGCAUAUUUGUAUAGUUGCUUACCUGAUAUAAAUGCAAUAUUAAUGCCUUUAAAGUAUGAAUCUAUGCCAAAGAUCACCUUUUGUUUUAUGAAAGAUUACUUAGAGGAAAUAAGAAAAAUCGUGUUUGCUCUCCAGGUUCUUCCAGUGUUUUGAGACACUGGUUUACACUUUAUGCUGAUGUGCUUUUCUCUAAUAUCAGUGCUCAAGACACAGUGAAGCAAAUUAAAAGAGAAAAAAAAAAUCCCUGAAGACUGAUUAGAGACAUCACCACUAAAAAACUACAUUUAUAAGCUAGGAUUUGUUAUACGCAAAUAUUUUCUGCCUCUUCUUUUGUUCUGUUUAAACAAUAAAGUGCAUUUGUAUAAAUAAUGCUUUAAA